AUACAUCAAGCCCAGGUCUGCGUAGGAGGUCGGCCGACGUUCAUUGCAUAUUCGAGCAGUGUAUUUCUGUCCAAGCGGGACGCAGAGUCACGUCUCCGCCCUGAUAUGUCCCUGCGCGCACUGCCUCUUCCUUUCGCAGCGACUUUCAUCGGUUAAAACAAAUGUUCCCUCGGAUCGACGGAGGAAGGAAAGGAGUGGAUGACUACCAGCGGAACAAGUGAGCGACGCCGCCCGGUUUGGUGGGAAUUGACUUUGGUUUUUAAAUGUAGACGCGGUCGGCGCUACCGAGUGCGCACUGUUAUUUAUCCCGAGAGGGGCACUUAUCCUUGGCGGACAUGGAAAGUGUUCAGACUACAGCUGACGAAAGCGAUAAGGUAAUAAAGAAGCCCAGCAGCCGCCGGACUCCGGCGGACGGCGGCGGCGGCGGCGGCGGGCAUCUCGCUCCCUCCCCCGUGGACGCGAAGAAUGGGUACGGUCUUUCCCACGCCACCCCCACGAGCAGAAUGGCGGCGUUUAACGGCCGAGGAUUAACCGGCAACUCCGGCUCCCUGCUGCUAAGACGCAGGCGCUUGAAGAGGAACCUCAGCGCCGCCACGGCAGUGUCCGGCAGCACCGCCUCCUCCUCGGCUGUCGCCGCCGCCGUCUGCGGUACCGCCAAGAUGAGCUCGGCCAUGUCCUCUGCGUCUCUGCACACACGGAGCCUGGACCGCAAGACUCUCCUCAAGCACCGGCAGAACAUGCAGCUACAAACGUCCGAUCGCGAGUGGGUUCGAGCCGAUCUCCACCGGGGCGCCAUCCACGUCUACGACAGACUGACGUCCUCGUAUCCCAGGCCGGUGCUGUGUACCGCGGACACCACAGCCGGCGAGGUCGCCCUUCGCCUGAGCAAACUCUGCGGCAAGUCGUGCUCUGUUAUGCGCAUCUUUAGCAAAGACAACCCCAAGCUGGACCAAAAUGGCAACUGCAGCGUCAAGUAUGAGUACAAUUACAAUCUGUGCAAGGUCAAUGAAGACCUCACCAUCAAAUACGACCACUUGUCCGGCCUGGAAGCCACAGAUUUAGGAGGUCGCACUAGUGACAAGAUGAGACUGUUGCUCAUGACUAAUGCAGAAGAGCGGCAACAGGAUGGAAAACUUUUCAGCCCUGAAUCAGAGUCCCAAGACAACAUAACUUGCUCACUGUCAGAUUUAAAUUUGAACUCCAACAUGGAUACCCUUAAUGAUGAUGACUCAGAGCACAGAAAUGGGGUGGACAGCUACGGGCUGAAUUCUGGCUCAGACGUGGAGAGCAGCGCGUUUGACGACCUCAGUUCUGGGGCCCGACUAAGCGAGCACAGGGACUCUCUCAGCGAUGACAUGAUCUUGGGGACGGAUGCGUCUAUCCUCAGCCCGUCGUUCGACAGCGCCACAGAAGGCCACGAUAUGUACGGCAGUUCUUCGGACGAGCUGGAGCUGGACUGCCCUGUGUCCAGCCUGGAUCCCAUCAACCAGCUCCGCAGCAAUGGUGUCAGUUACAAGCAGUGCGGCACCGGUCGUAAAGAUGUGACUAACGGCCUGCCGACCAGCAGCAGCGCUGGUUCCUUGUCCAGGGAUAGCUCCACAGGGAACACACCUGACAUCCAGGACUCAGACAGCGGUACUGGCAAAUUGCCGCUGACCUCUGACCAGUAUAGAAGUUCCUGCGACGAGUCCAUCCCCACUUUGUAUGUUCAGCUGCACGGCGAAUCAGUCAGGAGGCUUAGCCUAGAAGAGAGGCCCCUGCAGAUCCAGAAUGACUUUCUCUUUAAGCUUGGAUUUAAGGACCCUUGGAGAGUUCAAGAGGAAGGGCUUAACACAGAAAUGGGCUCCCUGUUACGUUUCUAUGCAGGGAAGCCCCAAAACAUUGAGAGCUUGGAGCGGGUCCAGCUGUCAGGGACGUACAAUGUCCGCAAAGGGAAGCUUCAGCUGCCAGUCAACCGCUGGACCAAACGGCAGGUUAUCCUCUGCGGCACCUGCCUCAUUGUCUCCUCUGUCAAGGAGAGCCAGACGGGGAAGAUGCACAUCCUGCCGCUCAUUGGAGGGAAAGUGGAGGAAGUGAAGAAGCACAAUCACUGCUUGGCCUUCAGCUCUGCCGGGCCUCAGAGUCAGACCUACUACGUCAGCUUCGACAGCUUCACGGAGCACCUCCGCUGGCACAGACACGCUGCCAAGAUGGUGUCUCAAAGGAUCAACUCAGUCGAUCUGUCCUUCUGUAGCCUGGAGCAGCUUCCCCCCAACCUCUUCUACAGCCACGACCUCACCCAUCUCAACCUCAAACACAACUUCCUGCCCGCCGACCACUGGCUACAGCAGCUGCAAAGGUUCUCCCGUCUGCGGAGCCUGAACCUGUCCAACAACCACCUCGGGCAGUUCCCACUGGCCAUCUGUGACAUCCCCACGCUGACAGAGGUCAACCUCAGCUGUAAUUACUUGCCCUGUGUGCCAGGCUCUGUGGGAGCCAUGACCAAUUUGCAGACAUUCCUGCUGGACGGCAACAGCCUGACCGAGCUUCCUGACGAGCUGGGCUCACUUCAGAGGCUGACUUACCUGGGCCUCUCCUUCAACCAAUUCAGCCACGUGCCACAGGUGCUGGAGCGGCUGGCUUCCAUGGAGAAGCUGUGCAUGGCCGGCAACGACCUGGAAACGCUCGUCUUGCAGAACUUCCGACUGCUCCGUGUCAAACACAUCGAUCUCAGGCUGAAUAAGAUUUCCAACAUGGUUCCGGACGAACCCGACCUGCUGAGGCACGUGACCCAGCUGGACGUGCGGGACAACCGGCUGACCCACUUGGACGCCUCUGUGUUCCCCAGACUGGAGGUGCUUCACUGCGAGCGGAACCAAAUCACUAGCCUCAAACUAAAGGGCUGCCUGCUGAAAGGCAUCUACGCCUCCAACAACGAGCUGCAAAGCCUGGAUGUCAGCCCCGUGCCCUCCAAUCUGAGUUACAUGGACAUCUCACGAAACCGUAUGGAGUCUUUGCCAGACUGGCUGUGUGAAGCAAAGAAACUGGAAGUUCUGGACGCCAGCCACAACCUCAUCAGCGAGCUCCCGGCGCGGUUAUUAUGCAGCAGCAGCCUGAGGAAGCUGAGUGUCGGACAUAACCAGUUGCAGAAACUGCCUGAAAGGGUUGAGCGCCCUCUGCUGGAGGUUCUCGACGUUCACCACAAUCAACUGGUGGAGCUUCCCUGCAACCUGUUCCUCAAAUCUGUCAGCUUACGAAGCGUGAAUGCUUCAGCCAACAAGCUGGAGCACCUGCCUCCCUCCACGCUGUCGGAGGAGAGCCACAGCAUCCUGCAGGAGCUCUACCUGACCAAUAACCGGCUGACGGACAAGUGUGUGCCCAUGCUGACGGGCCAUUCGCACCUUCGGGUUUUGCACAUGGCUUACAACCACCUUCAGACCUUCCCAGCCAGCAAAAUGGCCAAGCUGGAGGAGCUGGAGGAAGUGGACUUGAGUGGGAACACGCUGAAAACUGUGCCCACCACCAUCAUGAACUGCAGACGCAUGCACACACUCAUCGCCCACUCCAACGCCAUCGAGGUUUUCCCUGAGGUCAUGCAGUUAUUGGAGAUGAAAAGUGUGGAUCUGAGCUGCAACGAGCUGAGUGAGAUCACGCUGCCCGAUAAUCUGCCUCCCAAACUUCAAGAACUGGACCUGAGCGGAAACCCGCGUCUCAUCCUGGACCACAAGACCCUUGAGCAACUUAAUAAUAUCCGCUGCUUUCAUAUUGAUCCGCCCCCGACCUUUUCAUCGAACGAAGCACCUAGUGGGCCCGCUGUGUGGCGUCAUGGUUACACCGAGGCGUCUGGUGUCAAAAACAAACUGUGUGUCGCGGCGCUUUCGGUGAACAGGUUCUGCGGGAGUCGCGAGGCUCUGUACGGCGUGUUUGAUGGCGACAGGAACGUGGAAGUGCCCUACCUGCUGCAGUGCACCAUGAACGACGUCCUGGCGGAGGAACUGCACAAGACCAAGAGCGAGGAGGACUACAUGACCAACACCUUCCUUGUCAUGCAAAGGAAGCUGGGGACCGCAGGCCAGAAGCUCGGGGGCUCAGCCGCUCUGUGUCACAUCCGCCACGACCCCACCGACCCCGGUGGUUGCUUCGUCCUGACGGCCGCCAACGUGGGCAAGUGUCAGGCCAUCUUGUGUCGGAACGGCAAGCCCCUUUCCCUGUCGCUGCUUCACAACAUCGGCCUGGAGGAUGAAUACCGCAGGAUUAGGCAGCACCGAGCUAUCGUCACAGAGGACAACAAGGUCAACGGCGUGACGGAUUCGACGCGCAUCAUGGGCUACUCUUUCCUCUAUCCAUCCGUCAUCCCGUCUCCGUACGUGCAGACCGUCACGCUCACACCUCAAGAUGAGUUCUUCAUCCUGGGCAGCCGCGGCCUGUGGGAUGCGGUGUCCCCCACCGAGGCGGUGGAAGCGGUGCGCAACAUGCCCGAAGCCCUGGCCGCCGCCAAGAAGCUGUGCACCCUGGCGCAAGGCUACGGCUGCACCGACAGCCUCAGCGCCGUGGUGGUGCAGCUCAGCGUGAGCGAAGACUGCUGCUCCUGCUGCUGCUCCGAACCCCCUCAGCCACCGCCCAGCCCCAACCUGGGCCCCUACCCGCCGUCGUCGUCCUCUGGGAUCAAGGAAAGGCCGUCGGACGGCUCCCUUCCUGUGCCGCCGUCGUCCUGCAGUGAAAUCAGCAGCGAGAUCAGCACCAGCGAAAUGAGCAGCGAGGUGGGCUCCACGGCCUCGUCUGACGAGCCCCCGCAGAGUUCCCUGGUGCUGCUGCACGAGCAGGCCCACCACCCUCACCUCCAUCUGCACCAUCAGGCCCACCCUCUGGCCCUGCAGCAGCAGCAGGCCCACACCGCCGCGCAACCCUGCCAGUACAUGUUCACCAGCCCCGACCUGCCUUCAGCGCGCAGCUGCUGCACGCUGCACCCAGCCUGCCUGGCCAGCUCCUUCCAACGCCAGCUGUCCAGCGCCACUUUCUCCAGCGCCCUAUCAGACAACGGACUGGACAGCGAGGACGAGGAGCCCAUCGCUGGUGUCUUCUCCAAUGGUAGCCGUGUGGAAGUGGAGGCGGACGUCCACUGCCUCAAGCGAAAGUGCUCCUUAACGCCACAAACCAGUCAGGAGCGCGGCCCGCUUUCUCUGCCCCCGCCCCCUCCGCCACCAUGCACCCCUGAGCCCUUGGAAGAAGGGGUGGACAUGAUCAUCGGCGGCGCCGAGCACGGGCCGGAGAGAGACGAGCCAUGGGGAGGCGACGCGGCCAAGUCGGCGCCGGGAAAGAGGAGAAUUAACGGCUCCGUGGCCUGUCAGGAGAAGAGUCACAACCUCAUCGAAGUGGCCGCUGACGCGCCAUCCAAGAAGUCCGGCGGGUAUUUCACAGCUCCGGCCCAGCCUGACCCUGACGACCAGUUCAUCAUCCCCCCCGAGCUGGAGGAGGAGGUGAAGGAAAUCAUGAAGCAGCAUCAGCAAAAGCAGCAGAAGCCGCCUGGGACGGACCAGCCCGCGGACUACUUUGACACCCCGCUCUAGAACGCCAGCGACAGUCUCAUCGCUCGCCCUGCUGCAGCAUGCAUACAACCACCCGCCUCCUCCCCCUGUGCACCCCAUUGCCAUGACUACGAAGAAAAACCUCUAGACUUUCUUAUUUGUUUUUUUUGUUUUUCCAAACGGCCUUCUUGUUCCUGUGCAUGUUUUUCCUGCAGCUCCCCACUGGAAAAACACGCAGAAGAGCCCUUUAAUGAAACUGGACCCACAGACCACUGAACUUUGUAGGUUUUUUUACUUAGACACCCCAAAUGUGUAACCAACACUAGUCUCUUUGCAGUAGCAUCACAUGUGUUAAUACCAUCCUACGCUUUCUUUGUUUUCUAAGAACUCACCAUAUCUUCUAAUGUGAAAGCAGUUGCUGACAGAACCUUUUUAAAAGCGACACAUAAUCUUUUUACGAUGUGGAAUGGUGCACCAAUAAUACCACAUGUAACUGUUGUAUAUAGGGCACUUAAAUAUACUGUAUUUCUUCAGUACAUUGUGGCUCUCGGCCUGUAAAAUGGCAUAGAUUUUUUUUUUUUUUUUUGUAGAAACUAAAUACUAACUCCUAGGAGUUGCAUACUCUAUAUGGUGACUCAGUCACUUUUACUAAUCUUCUCUGAGAGAAAUGGUGAUUUUUUUUUUCCAAUUAUUGUAAAUAAGAGAAAUGUUGUAUACUUGAUGCUUUCAAAGGAACUGUGUACCAACAUGCCGGUGAAGGUUUUAGUUGGAAUGAAUUUGCUGUUUUGAUGGUUCCCUCUAUCCUGUUAACAUCCCUUUAGACUGACAACACAUACAACACGCUUUUUUCAAAAAAUUAUUUUGAUGUCCUGUAGUCAUCACUGUAUCUAAUAAACACUAAUAAACUGAUUUUUGCGCCCACAUACACAGGGGGAGAAAAAAGAUAUCAUCCCAGAGCCUUCCAACAGUUACCACCGGCAUGACUGUGUCGAGUUCAGUAAUACAAACAAAAUAUAUCCACGUGGAAAAGACACAACACAGAUAUUCCUGUCUUUGGUAUAAUAAAUUUUAAAUUUGUGAAUAUAA